AUGUGCUUUCCAAAGCACAACACCUGUGCAGAUACUUUCAGACAAGUUUUUACGAGUCGAAAACGCCAACUUCACUCCAACGGUCGGAUUUUCGUAUACACUGACGGAUCAAAAGAUUAUGCUAAUACCGCAGUCGUUUCUGACGAUUCUUGCAUUAUAAGCAAAGGGUUGCUAUUACCCUACUGCUCCAUUUUCUCAGCUGAAGCCUAUGCUGUGAAAUCAGCAACAAAAUGGGUGGUAACGUCAAAAGGAAAAUAUACCAUAUGCACCGAUAGCCUCUCAACAAUAAUGGCGAUUCAGAACCCAAAUAACGUAAGCCCGCUAAUUGCAUGUAUUCGAGAUACCCUGAUUGCAUAUAAGACUAAAAUAAAAUUAAUGUGGGUACCGAGCCACGGCGGUAUCCACGGCAACGAAGUAGCCGAUAAGGAAGCUAAAAAGGUACCACAUAUGCCCUGCUACUACGUAGAGACAAACGAGAAAAAUGAUAUAUUACGCUAUAUUUACAAAAUGAAAGAAAAUCAACAAAAAGAGUUAUGGAGCACUUACAAUAACCGGUAUCGCCUUAUUAAUCCUAACAAAACUAAAACAACCUACCCUACAACAUGUAGUAUUCCAGUGCUCAAAGUUUUCUCAAGACUACGCCUCGGACAUUGUGCACUUUCACACCAACAUCUUCUCAAUAGAAGCUACGAUCCAGGUUGCGUUUAUUGUAACAGCACAUCAACAUCUACGCUACACAUCCUGGAUACAUGCCCAGCACUCAGCAAGAUCAGGGGAGAAAUAUUUUCAUCGAACACGCCAUCAGAGCUUUUAAAAGCUCCUACUGCAGAAAAUAUUUCAAUAAUAUACAAAUAUAUCAGCAAAGCUAAACUAAGUAACAAAAUUUAA